AUGACCAUGGCUCUGAAGGACACAGGCAGUGGAGGCAGCACGAUACUGCCCAUCAGCGAGAUGAUCUCUUCCACCUCUCCGGCGGCCGCCGCCGCCACAUCUUUCACUGGUCCCAGCGCCCCCUCUCCCUUCCCCGAAGUGGUGGAGCUGAAUGUGGGGGGCCAGGUCUAUGUGACCAAGCACUCCACGCUGCUCAGCGUCCCGGACAGCACUUUGGCCAGCAUGUUCUCGCCGCCUAGUCCCCGGGGCGGCGCCCGGCGCCGCGGGGAACUACCCAGGGAUAGCCGAGCGCGCUUCUUCAUUGACCGGGAUGGCUUCCUCUUCAGGUACGUGCUGGAUUACCUGCGGGACAAACAGCUCUCAUUGCCCGAACACUUCCCGGAGAAGGAGCGGCUCUUACGGGAGGCUGAGUACUUCCAACUGGGCGACCUGGUCAAGCUGCUGUCUCCCAAGGUGACCAAGCAGAGUUCGCUCAACGACGAGGGCUGCCAAAGCGACCUGGAGGACAACCUGUCUCAGGGCAGCAGCGAUCUGCUCCUGCUCCGGGGCGCCGCCUCCGCGGCCACAGCCCCGGGUCCCGGAGGCAUCAGCAGUGGCUCCCUGCUGGAUAAGCGCUCGGGCUUCCUCACGCUGGGCUACCGGGGCUCCUACACCACGGUGCGGGACAACCAGGCAGACGCCAAAUUCCGCCGCGUGGCGCGGAUCAUGGUGUGCGGGCGCAUCGCCCUGGCCAAGGAGGUCUUUGGGGACACGCUGAACGAGAGCCGGGACCCCGACCGCCCCGCAGAAAAGUAUACGUCCCGCUUCUAUCUCAAGUUCACCUACCUGGAACAGGCGUUCGACCGGCUUUCGGAGGCCGGCUUCCACAUGGUGGCGUGUAACUCCACGGGCACCGCCGCCUUCAUCAACCAGUACCGGGACGACAAGAUCUGGAGCAGCUAUACGGAGUACAUCUUCUUCAGACCACCCCAGAAAACAGUGUCACCCAAGCAAGAACACGAAGAUAGGAAGCAAGAUAAAGUCACAGACAAAGGAAGUGAAAGUGGGACUUCCUGUAAUGAGCUCUCCACUUCCAGUUGUGAUAGCCAUUCAGAAGCUAGUACCCCACAAGAAAACCCAGCUAAUGCCCAGCAGGCAGCAGCCCACCAACCAAAUACUUUGACAUUGGAUCGUCCCUCAAAAAAGGCACCUGUGCAGUGGAUGCCACCACCAGACAAACGCAGGAACAGUGAACUCUUUCAGACGCUAAUUAGCAAGUCCCGUGAAACGAAUCUUUCUAAAAAGAAAGUGUGUGAGAAGUUGAGUGUGGAAGAAGAGAUGAAAAAAUGCAUCCAGGAUUUUAAAAAAAUCCACAUUCCAGAUUAUUUUCCAGAACGCAAACGGCAGUGGCAAUCGGAACUGUUACAGAAGUAUGGAUUAUAG